UAUGUAGGCUGGACCCCAAACUAAAUUAGUUAACGGCAAGAUGCGUGAAAGUUAGCAUUUUAUAGUCACUGAACUGACAAAUCUUAGGCUCUGGAAGAAUGGAGAGCUUAAUCAUCUCUGCAGAUGAUGCGGGCGAUCCCUAUUGGAAGCAGCUAUCCGUGGCUUCUCACCCGCUGGUUUGGCACAUGCAAUCGGCGAGGAGCGGGCGCGAUGAAAUUCCGAAGGGGAAAGACCCGUACACAGCUUCGCUUCCGGAAGUACUGGAUAACUUCGCUAGGAGAAAUGAAGGAAAGAUGGCUGCGGAGAUUAUGUCACAGCGCCGGAAGCUGCCACCGCUCCUCAACGACCGGUCGCUGUUCACCCGCGCCUCACCGUAUGGCAACAAGGACGAUCCCUUUUACCACUCCCCGUCAAACCGCAUCGGCAACAACUACUCCCCGAGCUCCAUGCGGGCAGCUGCCAUCCUGUUUGAGGAGUUCCCGCAGGACCCAAACGCUCCGCGGUUACGCGGCAAGGGGACGCUCCAGGACGUGCGUUCCUCGUUUAGCAGCAGUCGGCCAAUCAGCCCACGGGCGUCGCUGCCGCCCAUUAACGGCAGCAACGGCGGGGCCUACGGGAACGGGUCACCAGCAGCAGGGGCAGGCGGCAGCCCUAACACCAGCCCUGGACGAUGGAGGAACAUGAAGCGGCCGGCGGCUGAAAUGGAGCUGCUGUUUGAUGGGCGGCGGGGCGCGAAAGCAGCGAGGCUAGCCCUGGGCGACGUGCCGCUAGACCACCUAGUGGACGCCAUCCUGCGCUACCACUACUACGUGGAGGCCGGGGUGGACCCGCGCCACGUCGCGCCUUUCCGCGAGGAAUGGGCGGGCAACUCGCUGGGCAUGGUGCCGCCCGCACCGCCGUACGGCGUAUCCCAGCAGUACUACGACGCGCUGCUGCGAUCCUCCCUGGAGGAAAUCCACGCGGAGUACGUAACCGCCAUGAAACGAACCAUGGUGGAUUACGUCAUCAGCUCUCCCGUGGAGCGCCACCGGCUGAACCUGCAGGCGCUGGAGCCGCUGCUGGCCAUUCCCACGCCAACGCAGGAGUCCUGGCGGGCUGUGGUGGACCGCGUGCUUCUGCCCAGCUGGCAUGCUGACGUGGACACGGCACGCGCGGAGGUGGCCUGGACGCUGCAGACGCUGAGCGCGAACGCACUCGAGCUCUCACGUCUGUGGCACAGCAGCCGCUUUUCUUCCGCACUCCUCGUGGACGUGCGCUCUCCGGACUUCCUGGCCUCGCUUCCCAUCCUGGCGGAUAAGUUUUACGACCAGCAGACGGAGGUCAUGGAGCAGGUUAAGAACCAGCUGUGGACGAGUUGGGCGCCGAAGAGCCUGGAGGUCUUCAACCGGCUGCCGCCGGUGUUCAUUAACGGUGACGCGGACGCCUAUUACCGCUCCGUUGCCACGCUGCAGAGCAACCAGCUGCGCGGGCUGGUGCAGCGCUCGCUGGAUAGCUAUGUGGAGCUGUUUGAGAAGCACCAGCCGCGGGACGAGGUGGACCCGCAGCAGGACCGCCUCAUGUGGAGCGUGCCGCCGGUGUUUGUGCUGGACCUGGUGGAGAUCGAUGGCAAGCCCUCCUACAAGCCCACCUUCCAGGAGUGCGAGGACCACGUGCGCACCAUCCUGGACAACCUGGUGCUGGCGGUGACGGGGCUGCCGCGGGUGGGGUCCAACACGGUGGGCUCCACCAGCUUCACGCCGCCGCUGCCCGGCACCCUCAUCCCGCCCAGCAGCUCAACCAUCCCAACCACCAGCCUGCAGGAGGAGAGCGUCGUGGUGGCGAAGAAGGCGGUGUUGCAUGUAAUGGAGCGCAACUCGCUAGCCCCCAAGCGCCUAGCUGCCAUGUUCGAGGAGUGGAUGUGGCUCAUUGGCGACGAGGCCGCAGCCGCCGUCAGGGCCUUCUGCGAGCGCCAGCCGGAGCCCAGCCUGACCGAGUUCCAAGCGGAGAUCGACCGGCUGCGGGCCGCCGCGGACGCCGUACGAGUGAUCUGUACGGAUGACGUCCGUACGGGCAUCUACGUGGUCCGCUGCCGUGCCUUCAAGGACCUGUUGGCGAGCAGCGCGGAGCAGCUGAUCUACCAGCUGCUGGAGUACCUGCGCAACACGGUGCGCAACACCAACAUCAAGAUACACGAGGAGUACCAGAUCAUGACGGGAGAGGUGGGCAAGAUCAGCAACACGGCGGAGGAGCUGCUGGCGCUGAAGAAGUACAUCACCAAGUGCAGUCAGGAUCAGGAGCGGCUGCGGGAGGCCAUUGCCCGGAACAAGGAGAAGGACGACUUCAUGAUGAGCCACAGGCUGGCCAUUCCCGAGGAGGACCUUGAGGUGGCGAUCAAGGCGUACGAAUGGCCUCGCAAGAUGAUCGAGGUGAUGCGCGACGCCAACGCCAAGGCCAAUGCGGAGCACAAGGACUUUGAGGCGCAGCUCAAGGCGCGGCGGCGGGACUUUGGGGAGCUGCUGGAGACGUACUCGCGGGAGGUGGAAUCGUACGGCACCAAGAAUGAGAUCGUCAAGAGGGACCAGAUCGCCGGAGAGGUGACUGACCUCGCGGAGAAGCUCAAGGUGGCUCAGGUGGAGGCCGACCAGAUCAACGCGCAGGAGCGGUUGUUCGGUUGGGCGCCCACCAAGUACGGCAUCAUCGGCAAGAUGUCGUCCACCCUGGAGCCGUACGUCAUCCUGUGGACCACCGUGUCGCAGUUUUACGACAAGUUCGCUUCCUGGAUGAACGGCCCCUUCUACAAGCUGAACCCCGAGGAGGUGGAGGCCGACACCAACGAUGCCUUCAGGCGGCUGUACAAGCUGACCAAGGUGUUCAGCGGCAGUGCGGGCGCCACGGAGCACCGGGAGGCCCCGCUGGCGGUGGCGGAGGAGGCCAAGACGCGCGUGCAGUCCUUCCAGGAGCACCUGCCGCUCAUCACCGCCAUCUGCAACCCCGGCCUGCGGGAGCGCCACUGGGCUGCACUAGCCGACAUCGUGGGCUUUGAGAUCAAGCGCGACGAGGUGACGAGUCUGAAGCGCCUGCUGGACUACGACAUCGCCAUGCACAUCACCAAGAUCACCGACAUUUCUGAUUCGGCUAGCCGCGAGUGGAGCAUUGAGAAGGCGCUGGACAAGAUGAUGUCGGACUGGCAGGGCCUGGCGUUCGAGCUGGGGCCGUGGAAGGAAACAGGUACCUUCAUCCUCAAGGGCGGCCCAGUAGACGAGGCGCUGGGUCUGCUGGACGACCACAUCGUGAAGAGCCAGGCCAUGUCCGCCUCGCCCUUCGCAAAGCCCUUUGUGGACCGACUGCAACCCUGGGAGCGAAAGCUGGUUCGAUUCCAGGACAUUCUGGACCAGUGGCUGAAGUGCCAGGGCAAGUGGCAGUACCUGGAGCCCAUCUUCGGGGCGGAGGAGAUCAUGAAGCAGAUCCCGCGCGAGGGGCAGGCCUUCAGGGACAUGGACGGCAUCUGGAGGCGGAUCAUGGAGAAGGUUCGCGCCCAGCCCCUGAUGAUGGAGGUGGCCGACAUGCCCGCACUGCUGGAGGACUUGGUGUCCUGCAACCAGUCCUUGGACGUCGUCGAGAAGGGUCUGAACGACUUCCUGGAUAUGAAGAAGACGGCCUUCCCGCGCUUCUUCUUCCUGUCCAACGAUGAAGUGCUGGAAAUCCUGUCUGAGGCCAAGGACCCGCUCAAGGUGCAGCCCUUCGUGAAGAAGUGCUUUGAGGCGGUGCGGGAGUUCAACUUCGAGAAGAACGGCGAAAUCAGCGGCCUGGUGUCCGUGGAGGGGGAGAAGAUCCAGUGGAUCGAGACCGUCAACCCUGCAGCAACAGGUGCUGUAGAGAAGUGGCUGCUGGACUCGGAGAGCUGCAUCCGCCGCACGCUGCACAAGAUCGCGGGUGACGCGCUGGAGGCGUACGCCAGGACGGAGCGCAGCCGCUGGAUCCUGGAGUGGCCCGGACAGAUCGUCCUCAACUGCAGCCAGGUGUACUGGACGCGUGAGGUGACGGAGGCCAUCCGCACGGGCGGUAGCAAGGGCCUGGCCGCCUACUCCGAGCGCUGCACCAUGGAGCUCAACAAGAUCGUCAACCUGGUCCGCGGCCAGCUAGCCUCCCUGGAGCGAGCCACCUGCGGCGCGCUGGUGGUGAUCGACGUGCACGCUCGCGACGUGGUUGCCAACAUGGCCAAGGACAGGGUGGAGGACACGCGCGACUUCAAGUGGGAGAGCCAGAUGCGGUACUACUGGGAGUUCAACGAGCUGCCGCCUUCGGGUGUGCACCCGCAGGAGACGCUGGUGGUGCGCAUGAUCAACGCGGAGGCACUGUACGGCUACGAGUACCUGGGCAACAGCGGGCGCCUGGUCAUCACGCCGCUCACCGACCGCUGCUACCGCACCCUCAUGGGCGCCAUCCACAUGAACCUGGGGGGUGCGCCCGCGGGGCCGGCGGGCACCGGCAAGACGGAGACCACCAAGGAUCUGUCCAAGGCGCUUGCGAUCCAGUGCGUGGUGUUUAACUGCUCGGAUGGCCUGGACUACAAGGCCAUGGGUCGUUUCUUCAAGGGCCUUGCGUGCAGCGGCGCCUGGGCCUGCUUCGAUGAGUUCAACCGCAUCGAGCUGGAGGUGCUGUCUGUGGUGGCGCAGCAGGUCCUCACCAUCAUUCGCGCCAAGGCGCUCAAGGUGAAGACCUUCAUCUUCGAGGGCAGCGAGAUCCGGCUGGUGCCCACCUGCAACGCCUUCAUCACCAUGAAUCCCGGAUACGCGGGCCGCUCCGAGCUGCCAGAUAACCUCAAGGCGCUGUUCCGUGACGUGGCCAUGAUGGUCCCCGACUACGCCAUGAUCAGUGAGAUCAUCCUCUACAGCUACGGCUACCUGGAGGCGCGAGCCAUGGCGCGCAAGCUGGUGCAGACGUACCGCCUAUGCUCGGAGCAGCUGUCCAGCCAGGACCACUACGACUACGGCAUGCGCGCCGUGAUGAGUGUGCUGCGUGCGGCCGGCAACCUGAAGCGCGUCUUCCCCGACUCCGCGGAGGACGUGCUCAUGCUUCGCGCCAUCAACGACGUUAACCUGCCCAAGUUCCUGGACCAAGACGUUCCGCUCUUCAACGGCAUCCUGUCGGAUCUCUUCCCGGGCGUCGCCCUGCCCGUUGUGGACUACGAUAACCUGGUCGCGGCCAUCAAGGACAACUGCGCAAAGACCAACCUGCAGCCGCUCGACAGCUUCAUCAUCAAGAUCAUCCAGCUGUACGAAAUGAUUAUCGUACGACACGGGCUGAUGCUCGUCGGGUACUCGUACGGCAUGAAGACGGCCGCGUACCGUGUUCUUGCUGCUGCGCUGUCGGACUUGCAUGCCAAGGGGCUGAACAAGGAGUACCACACCAAGUUCUACGUCCUCAACCCGAAGUCCAUUACCAUGGGUCAGCUGUACGGCGCGGAGGAUCCGGUAUCCAAGGAAUGGACUGAUGGCGUGCUGGCAGUGAUUUUCCGCAACACCGCUCGUGAUACCUCGCCGGAUCGCAAGUGGGUCAUCUUCGACGGCCCUGUGGACGCCAUCUGGAUUGAGAACAUGAACACCGUGCUGGACGACAACAAGAAGCUGUGCCUCAACAGCGGCGAGAUCAUCGCCAUGCAAGGGCUGAUGAACAUGAUCUUCGAGGUGCAGGACCUAGCCGUCGCCUCGCCUGCCACCGUCUCCCGUUGCGGCAUGGUCUACGUGCAGCCCGCACUGCUGGGCUGGCGUCCCGUCAUGCUUUCCUGGCUCAACACCCUGCCGGCCGCCGUCACUCCUGCGCUCAAGGCACAGCUGACGGCGUUGUUCGACUGGCUGGUCCCUCCCAUGCUGCGUGUCGCGUUGAAGCUCAUCCGCAGCCCCCAGCCCAUGCAAGACAUCAACCUGGUGUCCUCCCUCAUGCGCAUGUUGGAGUGUCACCUGGAUGAGUUCAAAGCGGAGUCGCCGGCUGGCGGCGCUGCUGCACCAGCGGCGGUAUCAAUUAAGGACCUCACGGACCCCCAGAUGGCCGCGCUGCUGCAGGGCUGCUUCCUGUUUUCGCUGGUGUGGAGUGUGGGAGGCCUGGCGGACGAGGAGGGCAGGCACAAGUUCGACUUGCACCUGAGGAAGCUCCUGGCGCAUGACCCGGCGCCGGAGAUUGCGUCGUUUGUGGCGCCCGGCACGCCGCACAAGCUGUCAGUGCCGUUCCCAGAGGGCAGGACGGUGUACGAGUUCACCUUCGACAAGGGCCGCCUCAAGUGGAUUCCCUGGCUGGACACCAUCGAGAGCCGCGCGCUGGACCUGGAGGCGGAGUACACCACCAUCAUCGUGCCCACCGUGGACACCGUGCGCUACACCUACCUGCUGGACAAGCUGGUGACGCACCACAUGCACUGCCUGUUCGUGGGGCCCACAGGCACGGGCAAGACGGCGUACGUGAAGCGGCACCUGCAGGAGGGCCUCCCCGACAGCUUCAUCAGCAUGCUGAUGACCUUCUCCGCGCAGACCAGCGCCAACAUGACGCAGGACAUCAUCGACGGCAAGAUGGACAAGCGGCGCCGCGGAGUGUACGGACCGCCCCAGGGGAAGCACAUGGUCAUCUUCGUGGACGACCUCAACAUGCCCCAGGUUGAGGAGUACGGCGCGCAGCCGCCCAUCGAGCUGCUGCGUCAGUUCAUGGACCACAGCGGCUGGUACGACCGCAAGGAGCUCACGCUGCGGCGGCUGGUGGACGUGCAGUUCGUGGCGGCCAUGGGUCCGCCGGGUGGCGGCCGCAACGCCGUCACCAACCGCUACCUGCGCCACUACUCCGUCGUCAGCCUCACCGCCUUUGACACCGACAACCUCAGCACCAUCUUCACGGCGCUGGUGGACUGGUGGCUCAAGAAGUACAACUACCAGGCGGGCGGCGUGGCGCGACUGGCCCGCCCGCUGGUGGCUGCCUCGCUGGACGCCUACGUGCUGGCGCAGAAGGAGCUGCUGCCCACGCCCGCCAAGAGCCACUACACCUUCAACCUGCGAGACGUGUCCAAGGUCUUCCAGGGCAUCACCAAGGCUGCCGGGUCAGUCGAUGACUCCAUCUCCAUGAUCCGCCUCUGGACGCACGAGGUACUCCGCGUCUUCUACGACCGCCUCGUCGACGACUCGGACCGUGUAUGGAUGGGGCAGACGCUGGCCGGCCUCGUGGAGAGGCACUUCAAGGAGAAGAUGAACAAGGUCCUGUCCUUGGACAACACACCCGGCGACAUCCCGCCAGACACCAUGGUCACCGCGCUUCGAUCGCUCAUCUUUGCGGAUUUCAUGAUCCCUGGCGCCGACCCACGGGUCUACAUGGAGGUGAAGGACCAGUCCGCGCUGACGCGCGUUGUGAACGAGUACCUAGCGGAUUUCAACGCGACCAGCAAGAAGCCGAUGAACCUGGUGAUCUUCCAGUUUGCGUUGGAGCACAUCGCGCGCAUCUGCCGGAUCAUCACAAGUCCGGGUGGCAAUGCGCUGCUGGUGGGGGUGGGCGGCAGCGGGCGGCAGAGCCUGACGCGGCUGGCGGCGUUCAUCGAGGAGUAUGAGGUGUUUCAGAUUGAGAUCAGCAAGACGUACUGCAAGACGGAGUGGCAUGAUGACCUCAAGAAGGUGUUGCGCAUGGCGGGUGAGGCCAACAAGCGGGUUGUGUUCCUGUUCAGUGACACGCAGAUCAAGGAGGAGAGCUUCGUGGAGGACAUCUCGAACCUGCUCAACACGUACGAGGUGCCGAACCUCAUGCAGUCCGCCGACUUGGUGGGCAUCUUUGAGAACAUCCGGCCACGUGCCAAGUCCGCCGGUAUGGACAACGGCCGUACGGCGCUGUACAACUUCUUCGUACAGGAAGUACGACGCAACAUGCACAUCGUGCUGUCCUUCAGCCCCGUGGGCGACAGCUUCCGGGAGCGGCUGCGCAAGUUCCCCUCGCUCGUCAACUGCACCACCAUCGACUGGUUCACCAAGUGGCCCACCGACGCGCUGCACACGGUGGCUGAGAACUUCCUGGCCAACCUGGUGGGCAUCGAGGAGCGCGUGGCGGCGCAGCUGCCCGGGCUGUGCGUCAUGUUCCACCAGAGCGUGCAGGUGCUCACGGACCGCUUCCUGGCCGAGGCCCGGCGCUACUACUACGUGACGCCCACCUCCUACCUGGAGCUGCUGCUCAGCUACAAGAGCCUGCUGGCGCGGAGGCAGAACGAGGUCAUGACAGUCAAGCGGAGAUACGAGAUUGGUCUGGAGAAGCUGCAAGUGACGGAGGAGAGCGUGACGGGAAUGAAGGAGGAGCUGAUCGCGCUGCAGCCGCAGCUGGAGGAGAGCACUCGGCAGACAGCGGCAGCCAUGGAGGUGAUCAGCAAGGAGAGCGUGGAGGCGGACAAGGUCAAGCAGGUUGUUUCCAAGGAGGAGGCGAUUGCCAGCGCCGAGGCGGCCACCGUAAAGGCCAUCAAGGACGAGUGCGAGGCUGACCUGGCUGAGGCAAUGCCGCUACUGGAGGCCGCCAUCUCGGCGCUCAACACGCUCAAGCCGGCGGACAUCACGGAGGUAAAGGGCAUGAAGAGCCCCCCGGGAGGUGUGAGGCGCGUGCUGGAGGCGAUCUGCAUCAUGAAGGGUGUGAAGCCGGUUCGCAUCAAGGACACCAACACGGGCCGCAUGGUGGACGACUACUGGGAGGCGUCCAAGAAGAUGCUCAUGGAGUUUGACUUCCUGGAGUCGCUCAAAAAGUACGACAAGGACCACAUACCCAACGAAAUCAUUUUCAAGAUCCGGCCGUUCGUACAGGACGCCGACUUCCAGCCCAAGGUCAUUGAGAAGCAAUCCCUGGCCUGCGCCGGUCUGUGCUCCUGGGUGAUUGCGAUGGAGAAGUACGACAAGGUGAUCAAGGAGGUGGAGCCCAAGCGACAGAAGCUGAGGGAGGCGGAGGCGCAGCUGGAGGUCGUAAUGGCGGCUCUGCGCGCCAAGCAGGCGGAGCUGAAGCAGGUCAUGGACAAGCUGGCUCGCCUGGAUGCCGACCUACAGGACAAGAAGCGCCGCAAGGAGAAGCUGGAGCACGACGUGCACAUGUGCACCGUCAAGCUGCAGCGCGCCGAGAAGCUCAUCAGCGGGCUGGGCGGCGAGAAGAGCCGCUGGACCACCGCGGCUCGCACCCUGGGCGAGCGCUACAUCAAGCUGACGGGCGACGUGCUGCUGGCGGCGGGGCAGAUCGCCUACCUGGGGCCCUUCACGGCGGUGUACCGCUCCACGGUGCUGUCGCAGUGGGUCAGCGCGUGCCAGCGGAAUGACGUGCCGUGCAAUGAGCGGUUCAAGCUGGAAGUGGUGCUGGGGGAUCCGGUCAAGAUCCGCCAGUGGAACAUCUGGGGUCUGCCCAAGGACGACUUCAGCACCGAGAACAGCAUCGCAAUCGACCAGGGCAGGCGCUGGCCGCUGUGCAUCGACCCGCAGGGGCUGGCCAACAAGUGGAUCAGGAACAUGGAGAAGGAGUCGGGUCUGCAGGUGAUCAAGCUGACGGACGCCAACUACCUGCGCACGCUGGAGAACGCCAUCCAGUUCGGCAAGCCGGUGCUGCUGGAAAACGUGAUGGAGUCGCUGGACGCCUCGCUGGAGCCGCUGCUGCAGAAGCAGACCUUCAAGCAGGGCGGUGCGGUGUGCAUCCGGCUGGGCGACGCCACGGUGGAGUACAGCGACGACUUCAAGUUCUACAUGACCACCAAGCUGCGCAACCCGCACUACACGCCGGAGCUGUGCACCAAGGUGAGCCUGCUCAACUUCAUGACCACCCCCGAGGGCCUGGAGGACCAGCUGCUGGGUAUCGUGGUGGCCAAGGAGCGGCCCGACCUGGAGGAGGAGAAGAACAAACUCAUCCUGGUGGGUGCUGAGAACAAGAAGCGGCUGAAGGAGAUUGAGGACGAGAUCCUGCGCGUGCUGUCCAGCAGCGAGGGCAACAUCCUGGAGGACGAGGAGGCGGUCAACAUCCUGCAGUCCUCCAAGGUCCUCUCCGACGAGAUCAGCGAGAAGCAGCAGGUGGCGGACGUCACGGAGGCUAAGAUCGACGAGGCACGUGCCGGCUACAAGCCCGUCGCGCACCACUCCUCUCUGCUGUACUUUUGCGUCACGGACAUGGCCAACAUCGACCCCAUGUACCAGUACUCGCUGCGCUGGUUCGUCGACUUGUUCGUGCGAGCCAUUGCGGACAGCCAGCGCUCGGAUGACCUGGAGGACCGGCUGCAGCUGCUCAACAGCUACUUCACGUACUUCCUCUACCAGAACGUGUGCAGGUCGCUGUUUGAGAAGGACAAGCUGCUGUUCGCGUUCGUGCUGGUCAGCAAGCUCUUCAUGGACGAACACAAGAUGGCGGCAGACGAGCUGCGCUUCAUGCUGACGGGAGGUGUUGCCAUGGGCGACCUGCCGCUGCCCAACCCGGCGCCCGAGUGGAUCAGCGAGCGCAUGUGGGGUGAGGUGUGCCGGGCAUCCGACCUGGCAGCGGCGCACGUGUGGAAGGGGCUGGCGGAGCAUGUGGCGGAGAACCCGACUGCCUGGAAGCGCAUCUACGACUCACUGGAGCCGCACACGGAGCCGCUGCCGGAGCCCUGGCAGUCGCGGUUGGACCCCUUCCAGCGCAUCAUUGUGCUGCGGACCAUCCGGCCGGACAAGCUAAUUCCCGCCAUCACGCUCUUCGUGGCCGACACCAUGGGCAAGCGCUUCGUGGAGCCCAUGCCCUUCGCCAUCGAGCCCUCCUACAACGACUCAACGGCCACCUCGCCGCUCAUCUUCGUGCUGUCGCCUGGAUCCGAUCCCAUGGCGGCGCUGCAAAUGUUCGCGGACGACAAGGGGAUACGCAUGGAGAGCGUCAGUCUGGGGCAGGGGCAGGGGCCCAUCGCGCAGAAGUGGAUCGAGCAGGGCAUGACGGAGGGGUUCUGGGUGGUACUGCAGAACUGCCACCUGGCCAAGUCCUUCCUGCCCUCCCUGGAGCUCAUCUGCGAGCAGCAGCUGGUGGAGGGCAAGGUGCACCGCAACUUCAGGUUGUGGCUCACCUCCUACCCCUCGCCCAUCUUCCCGAUCUCCAUCCUCGAGAACGGCGUCAAGAUGACCAACGAGGCGCCCAAGGGGCUCCGCGCCGGCCUGCUGCGCACCUACAUGUCCGACCCCUUCAGCAACCCCGAGUUCUUCACCGGCUGCGCCAAGGACGCGGAGUUCCGCAGCAUGCUGUUCGGACUGGCCUUCUUCCACUCCGUCGUGCAGGAACGGCGAAAGUUCGGGCCCAUCGGUUGGAACAUCCCAUACGAGUUCAACGAGAACGAUUUGAGGAUCAGUGUACGGCAGUUGCGCAUGUUCCUGGACGAGUAUCCGGAGAUUCCGUACGACACCCUCGCCUACACCUGCGGCGAGUGCAACUACGGUGGCAAGGUGACUGACUCCCACGACCGCCACACGCUCAUGACCAUCCUGUCAACCUACUACACCCCGCGGAUCCACGAACACAACUACAAGUUCUCCGUGUCGGGCACGUACUACCCGCCCCCCUACACCAGCUACAAGGGCUACAUGGAGUACAUCAACAGCCUGCCGCUCAUCGCGCAGCCCGAGGUGUUCGGACUGCACGAGAACGCGGACAUCACCAAGGACCUGCAGGAAACCAACUUGCUGCUGGACAGCCUGAUGCUGACCCAGAGCCGCGAGGCCAGCGGCGGAGCCGCCUCCUUCGAGCAGGCGGUGGGCGAGGUGGCGGCGGAGGUGCUGGGGCGGCUGCCGCCCAACUUCGACAUCGAGGCGGUGGAGCGGCUCUACCCGCAGGACUACUACAACUCCAUGAACACAGUGCUGGCGCAGGAGCUGGUUCGCUUCAACAACCUGCUCACGGUGGUGCGCACCAGCCUCAAGAACCUGGGCAAGGCCGUCAAGGGUCUGGCGCUGAUGAGCGGGGAGCUGGACGCGGUGGGUCGCGCGCUGUUCGACGGCAAGGUCCCCGCGCUGUGGCUCAAGAAGUCCUUCCCGUCGCUCAAGCCUCUCGGGCCGUACGUCAAGGAGGUCCUGGAGCGUGUCGCGUUCUUCCAGGGCUGGGUCGACCACGGCGCUCCGGUGGUGUUCUGGAUCUCCGGCUUCUUCUUCACGCAGGCGUUCUUGACGGGUGCCAAGCAGAACUUCGCGCGCAAGUGCCGCAUCCCCAUCGACCACAUCGACUUUGACUUUGAGGUGCGCGACCAACCAGGCCAGCUUGACGAGCCGCCCGAGGAUGGCGUGUACUGCCAGGGGCUGUUCCUGGAGGGCUGCCGCUGGUGCAAUGAUCGGCACGAGCUCGAGGAGAGCGAUCCCAAGGUGCUCUUCACGCCCAUGCCUGCCAUCUGGAUGGUGCCGCGCGAGAUCACUAAGUUCUCGGCGUACCCGCACUACCUCUGCCCGAUGUACAAGACCACGGAGCGGCGCGGCGUGUUGUCGACGACGGGUCACUCGACGAACUUCGUGUUGGAUGUGCGGGUGCCGAGCAGCAAGGAGCCCGCGCACUGGACUAAGCGCGGUGUGGCGCUGCUGACUUCGCUGAACGACUGAGGGGCUGUGGGGGUUGGAUACCGGUAGUGGCCGGUGAUGAUGGGCAUGGGUGGGGUGGGGGUCAGCGUGGGGGAAGGGUUACCGGGAGAGUGGAGGGCUGUUGCUCGUGUAGGAAGCUCGCAGGGAAGGUCAACUUGCUAGGUAAUUAGGCACGGUUUGUUUGGGUCAUAGCUGGGAGCGCGCUGUGGAUUUGUUAGGUUAGGUAGGACUUGCUUCUGUUGAACGGGAUAGUGUUGACUGAUGUCGUAUAAGGACGUUCGUGACAAUGACGGCAACGUGGGCGUUGGCUCCCACUUAUUUGUGCACGCAAGACACAAGAACUGUACGUUAUGGCAAAAGUGAUCACCAUUUGCCAAGACUUUGCUGACAGUGACUUAGCUACUUGGCCGUAUCGGCCCCAGUGGGUUGACGCGUGUUUGGCGUUGACCGCGAGCGGGCGGGUAUACUUUCUUCACGCAGGGUGCGUUAGCGUGUGGCGGUGUGAUCCUCACAUUCAUCUGCAUGUGGCUUGUCAUUUCGCAUGGUGCGUGAGCUCAAUUGAUAGUGCCUGGUACAUAAGCAAAAUGCGUGAUGCGGUUCUUGCAUGGGCUAUGCCAUAUGCCCGAAGCCUUUUGCGGCCCUAAACAGCUGCAAUAUUUGUAAGUCUGAUGCAACAUGAA